AUGUCUCCCAGACCACCAAGUAUCGAUUACGGCCAGAGCCAGGGCCGAACGAAGGAGGAGAACCAAGAACGGCGGAAAGAUCGCAGCUUAGAUGCUCGGAUCGAGUCUGCGAAUCGAGCGUCGAUGCUGCACAAGAAGCGCACCGGCAGGGCCCUGUUGAUCAACCGCGAGGUGGUUGAGAAUGAGUCUAUGUACGAGGAGAUCGACGACACUUACCGUGCCAAGAUGCUCCAGUAUAUGCGCGUCCAUAAUGCGCAGUUGAACCACGACUUUGAUAAUACGCUUCUCGCCGGGCUGCCUACAACGUCGCAGGGACUGCAGAUGCCGAGUUCUUUGCAUACGGGGCCUUCUUACAGUCUGGGGCAGUCUUCACACUCGAUUCUGCAGAUGCCCAGUGCUUCUCACAGUCCGCUGCCCAGCCCUUCACAUUCAUCCCACGGGUCGACUUCGCAAAGCCCGCAAAUCCCCAGCGCUUCACAAAAUCCGCGCGUACAGAACCGGCCUAUCUCCAGCCGUCGAAACAGCCACCAGCGCGCAUCCAGCGUCGCGCCCACUGGGCCGAUCCAUGGCGCCCGCAAGCUGACCAUCGACCUGUCCCAGCUGCGCAAUAACCUUCCCGGACCAAGCACCGAACCGAGAAGGGCGAGCUCCAACGGGUUCCCGACCCCGGGAGCGAACUUCUCGCCGACCUACUUGAGUCCUGGCCAGGCCCACUCUCAAGCCCAGGUGCCAUCCUACCUUGCAGCAGAACCCAGCUCCGCUAUUCGCCCACAGUUGCAGCAGCAACAACAGCGGCAACAACAGCAACAGCAACAGCAGCAGCAGCAGUUGCUGCAGACCUGGCAAAGUCUCUUCCCCCGCCAUUCCAUAUCUGAUUCAACAUCCCUUGGUGGCCUACCUGCCAUAGGAGAGGUGCCAGGCCAAUAUCGCGAUCGCAUUGCGUCCGCUCCCACUUUUCCCAUCCAAGACCCGGUUCAUAUCCAAGCUCAAGCCCAGACUCGGGCUCAGGCGGCUGCCACUGCAGCUCCACUUCAGAAUGCCACCCCAGCACCAGGCCCCGUCGCUGCCCAUGGGACGAGCCAGCAUCACCGAGUCCGGUCGGAACCAGGACCCGCCCCCAUUGCUGUCUCCACCACAAUUCCAUCCUCUUCGUCCUCAGUCUCUCUUCAUACAGGGUUCUAUCCAACCAGUGCUUCGUCACUGUCCGACCCCAGCUCCUCUGCUGAGCUUCUGCCUACACCGCGAAGCAUGUCGCCACACACUCCUGCCCCUUCCCAAGCUUCUCACCCGCGCAUGAGCUUUGGAGCGGGCAUCGGCGAACUCAACAUGAAUGAAGCGGAACCAUUCAAGCACACUCUGUUCGAACUACAGGGUUUUGAUCCAGAUCUCCAGCUUGGUCUAGAGAUGUCGGGACAAGGGCCUGAAAGCGCGGACCAGGAUUUCCUUGAUUUUAGCCAGUUUGCCUCUACGCUUGACCAGAACCAUCAUCAGGCUAUGUUUCCGUCCCAUUGGCAGAUGCCCGUUGGCUCUGGCGAUAUGCCGGCAGAUUCUGGCUUUUCUGGCGGCUUGGAUAUGAAAGAGUACAUCACUAACUUCCUUUAUGUUAAACUGUAG